AUGUCAACUCCUGUCGUUACUGAUCAAUGGGCUGGUAACUUUGAUUGCGAAGGCCCCUGUCGUCGGAAACGACUCAUGGCCGAAGAAUUCUCCAAGAAAGCAUUGGAACGACACCGCAACCAAAUUCGACAACCACAAAACAAGCCGAUAAUCCUUCGGUGCAAGCAGUGCAUUGCUGAGGCCGAACGGUUGGAGCGAGAGGCAUCAGCCAAGAAGAAGGCACAAACUCAAGCAAAUGGAACUGGUGGCUCGAGUGAGAAAGAAGAGAGUCGCAAAUGCGGAUCCUGUGGCAAAGUCUUACCUCAAUCGGCAUUCAACCGAAACCAAUGGUCCAAAGGUGAAGGAAAAUCACGCUGUCGGCAGUGUGUUGAAGAGUCCAUAAAACAGGAAGCCCAACAACAAUCUCAAUCCAAAACUGAUCAGAUUGCGGCCGCCAAACUAAAGGUGGAACAAGCCAGGAAGUCAAAAUCAGCAUCGGCAAUUUUGGCAGCAGAAUCAGAAUUGGCCGCAUUGGAAGCUGAAAAAGUGACGGGGUUGAAACCAGUGCGCAUGGGAACAGGAGGGGGGAGAGGAGGAGGAAAGAAGCAGCCAUGGAGACGAGGCGGUGGUGGUGGAGGUCGUGGAAAAGGAGGACGGGGAGGCAAGCAAUGA